CUUCGUCCCUUGAGGAUCGCAUCACACACCCCUCGCCUGAUAAACGACCCAGUAUGGACGAACCUCUGCCUAAAUCCAGUAAGUUCCAGAAGCAGCUGGAGAAACGCCAGCGCCGAUGGGGUAACUAUCAGUCGGCGCCACGAUCCCCCACGCCUCCGCCGUCAACGGGUCCCGUGAUCGGUACCUGUGAGGUUCUCGAGAAGAGAUACCUGAGGUUGACGUCUGCCCCCAUCCCGUCCCUGGUACGACCCGAGCCCGUGCUUCAUAAAACUUUGGAUUUAUUGAAGAAGAAGUGGCGGAAGGAGAGCAACUAUUCCUACAUUUGCGACCAACUAAAAUCCGUACGCCAAGACCUGACCGUGCAGCGGAUUAAGAAUGACUUCACUGUAACGGUCUACGAAUUGCACGCCCGCAUUGCCUUGGAAAAGGGGGACCUCGGUGAGUAUAAUCAGUGUCAGACCCAGCUGCGCACUUUGUAUGCGCUGGGUCUGCAGGGGAACCCCAUCGAAUUCAAGGCAUACCGUAUCCUCUACUUUAUCCAUACCGCCAACCGCACCGGACUGAAUGAUGCGAUGGCAGAUCUAACCACAGCAGAGAAGGAGAAGGGCCCUAUUAAACAUGCACUGAGUGUUCGCUCAGCGCUAGCCCUGGGUAACUACCACAAAUUUUUCCAGUUGUAUCUCGACACCCCCAACAUGGGCGCUUAUCUCAUGGACAUGUUUGUCGUACGAGAGCGUCUCGCAGCUUUGUGCAACAUUUGCAAAGCUUACAAACCAGACGUAAAGUUACGAUUCAUCACUGAGGAACUCGGUUUCGAGUCCGAUCACGACGCUGCUCAGUUCAUUGUUGACUACAAUGGUCAAAAUCUUCUUGAAGAGCGGCAAGAUUCCAUCUCCCUCAUGACCGGCAAGGCUGGCCCGCUAUUCGAGACGGCUCGAAGCGCGGCCUUCCGCACCGUCGAUAUCAAGGGACAGAUUUAA